AUGGCUGGUCAACAGACACAGACCUUUGAAGAUGAAUUGGCUCUGAUUCGAUGCCUUCCAGAAAUAAAUAAUUUUCGCAACAAACGCACACUCACCGACCUUUCCAUUGAGGUAUGUAACCAGCGAGAUUCCUUCAUGCUCUUCUUCGAUUUGCAGCUACAAGGGAAUGUCUUGCUGCAUGUGCACAAGGUUAUUAUAGCCGCCAGAAUAGUCUCGCUGCGUAAUUCCUUGAGUGGAAUGCCCAGAAAAAGCAAUGCUCUCAUUAAGUGGCCGACAAUCUCUCCUGAAGUCGCUAAACCUCUAAUUGAAUAUGUUUAUACGGGACAGCUGAAGGUUGAUGAAACUCAUGCGGCCGGUCUGGUGCUACUCUCUAAACAACUUUCACUGCCCCACGUGGAAGUUUGGGUAGUGAGUUUUUUGGCUGCAGGGAUAAAUGCUGGCAAUAUUGUAAAUAACUGGAAUUUUGCACGAACGCUGCAGAACGACCAGUUACUGAAUGCCUGCGUCGAGCACAUCAAGGAAACAUUUGAGACCACAAUCACAAGUGACUUUUUCCUACAACUGCCAGCAGACAGCGUCUUGUCCAUAUUACGGGCAGAUGACCUUAAAGUGGCCAAUGAAGAGCGAGUUUUCGAAGCGAUUUGCCUGUGGGUCAGUCCACGUGGCGAAGUUGACAAAACUCGAGUAGUCCAUGCAGCAGAAAUGAUGAAAGAAGUACGAUGGAAUCGAGUAAACCCCGACUUUCGGUACAAACUACUUGAGAAUGAGGGCUUUUGGAAUGCAAAUGUCGAGUGUUUACGACUUCUAGGUCGUAUAUCUGGCUGGUUCGAAGGUCCUUCUUUAAGAACGGGUAGACAGUGUCCAUUUAAUGAUAAUCCGAGAAGUGCAUUUGGUGACAUCUGUCUUGUUGGUACAUCGGCAACCAGUGAUCAAUCGGUGUUGAUCCAGUACGACGUCGAUACAAGCACCUCGGAGCAGCUGGAAAUAUUAAGCAACCGAAGCCGUGCGGCCUUUGUCGCGAUUGAGGGUGAGUUUCAAGCAGUCAGCUGUUUAACGGCUUUAUGA